AAUAAAUACACCGAGCGGACGACGUACCUUCAGACAUUAUUAGUUCAGUCAGCAGGUUGAUCCCUUGUCUUUGGAACUUCGCAAGACGUUGAGACAAUGAGUAUCAAGGGGCGUGUAGUAUGGAUGGUUCCACUCGUCGCUGUUAUGGCUUCUUUGGGCACAGAAGUAUCCUCAUGGUCCCUUCCCUCACCGCUGGUCGACCUUUAUCAAUCCUGGUUCCUGUAUCCCACGUCUCCAUCGCCAUCUGAAGAGAACCCUAAGGAGUUAACCGAGAGCCCUACCACUCCUGUAGGGAAAACGACUCCCGGAGAAUUUCCCGGGACGUCGACGCCUUCUGUAGCCUCCAGACAAGAGCGCUGGAGGAGGUCGGGCGAAGGCGUGGCUGAAGAUCAGGACGAAGGCACUUGCGUCGCCGAUCUGACGGAGAGGAUACUGCAGCAGGCGACCCGGACGAUGGACGUGAUUGACGAGUUUAAGGACGAGUAUACCAGAGACAAGUACAACAUGACCUGGGACAAAGCCAGCGCCCACUUCGCCGACGUGACCAGCGACCCGACCUACCUCGUGGCGUGCAGUGAAGAGGAAGACUGCCUGCCGGUUCUCCCCUCGCUACCUACCACGCCCCCUCUUCCCCCCACCGACGACGAGGGGACCAAGACGAUCCUGACGAAGCUCUCGGGAUAUUGUCGCCAAUACUGCGAGGCUCUGAACCAGAUCUUCCUGGACGAGUCGCUGUUCGAGGAAAGCUUCAGGGAGCACCUCGACGCGGCCCAGCGGAACAUGGAGUCCCUGGCCAACCUGCUGGUGAAGGGUGUUGACCUGUGCGACGGCUCUCCGGAUAACGAGUUGGUGAAGGGCAUGGUUGACAUGAUCUACAGGAUGGAAGGCGAAGACAUGAGGAAGCGACGAGGGUUUGGCACCAUUCGCCAGUGCCUCCUCGGGCUUCAGUACAUCAUAGACAUCAUCUCCGCUGCGACGUACUAGAUGUGUGAGCCAGAGAGGUCCAAGUGAUGGUGAUUGUUGAUGGUUUUUAUCUUAGUGAUGUAGCUCAGAACGUUGUUUAUUAAUAUUUAAAAAAAUGUGUAUAUUUGUGCGUGCGUGUGUGUGUGUUAUUACUAUUAUUACUAUUAUUAUUGUUAUUAUGUGUGUGUAUGUGUGUGUGUGUGUGUGUGUGUGUGUGUGUGUGUGUGUGUGUGUGUAUACAUGUGUGCGUGUGCGUGUGUAUGUGUUCUUAUGUUUACUGUAUACGAGUAUAAAACCUAAUGAUAUGCAUAUUACUUCAUCAAAAAUAAUAGUCUCUGUUUUAACUAUGACGAAUAUCCGGCUGAUGCUUAUUCUCGCUUCGAUAACAACUAUCACAUGUUAUCUUCUUAAUGACAGUUUAAAACAGGCAGAUGCAAGGUGGGAGAAAUACAUGAUUUUUUUUGUCUCAUCAGUAGUUGUUAUUUCAAAACUCUUUUCUUGUGGAGAUGGCAUAUUUUAGUUCCAUAUGUGUUUUUUUUAUAAAUGUUAUAUUUUGUACGCAUACUUUGAUAAUAAAGAUGAAAAGCUUU